CCGAGCGAUACGGACGUGUUCGUCUCCAGAGAGUCAAAGAAUUAACCAACCAAACUCUCAUAUUAACUGUAUAAAAUAAAAUAAAAUAAAAUACAUUCAAAUAAAAUAAUAAGAAAACAGAUCCGAAGAUCAGCUCGAGAAAAGUGAGAUUUGUGCAGUGAACAGAAAACAAGCAAAUACACAAAAUAUUAUAAACAAAUUGUGCGCCAGUGCAGCAGCAGUAGCAUUCGCAGUAACAGUGAGAGCGAAAAGCUUAGCCCCAACCAAAAUGAAUCAUUUGUCGCCGCCGCCAUCGCCGCACUCGCAGCAGCCCAGUCCAGCGGGCUACGCGGGUCCAGCAUUGGACAAACAGUGGAUGCAACGGGCAUCCGCCUUCAACACUGUGAUAGCCUCGGCAGCAGCCCAAAAGCUCAAUGGAAGAGAUCUGCCUUUCCUCUAUAACCCACUGCUGUACUCCAGUGCACUGCUGUGGCCACAGUUCCUGCUGUCCUCCGCCACAGCCUUGGGCACUCCCCUGACGCCCAUGACACCGAAAUCGCCUGCCUCCAUAGUGUUGGGUCAGCGGGAUCGGGACUACGCACUGACCCCCGAGAAGGAGCAGGAAGUGCAGCACAGCACCACCAAUAAAACCAACAGCAACAACAAGGAGUUGUUGCAGGAUCAAGACGAGGACAUGCCACUAAACCUAAGCACCAAGGAGCGCAGCAAGUCGGAGCAGUCAGAGCACUCGGAGCAGGAGCACUAUCACCACCGCCAUCACCAUCAUCAUCAUCAUCAUCACAACAGCAGCAGCAACAGCAGCAGGAGCAGCACCAGCGGAGGGAGCCUCAGCGAUGCGGAGGCCGUGCAUCCCAUUGCUGCCCUGAAUGUCACACCGCCACCCCUGAGGGCGGUGAAUCUCAAGACCACGGGAACACCGCAGCAGCAGAGACAGAGAUCGCAGGGAAACAUUAUUUGGUCGCCAGCCUCCAUGUGCGAGAGAUCGGCGAGGAGGGAGCAGCAGAGCGAAUACAACGAGGAGGAUGAGCCGCAGGUGGAUCCCAUUGUGCGGAAGUUCAAGUACGAGCGACGAUCGGCAGCCUCAGUGUCCUCCCUGCAGUCGCCGAUCUCCUCGCUGUCCGCACCCCAGGCCACGGCUGUCCAGGACAUGGACUUCGAGGUGGCACAGCAGCAGCUGUACGCCCAUCGCAGCGCCUUCAUGGCCGGCCUCACGGGCAACAAUUUGGAGCUGCUCACGCAGCACCUCAAGUCCCAACAGCAGCAGCAACACAUCAAGGAUGAAGCAGGCAGCGAGCAGCAGGAUAACCGUUCGGCAGCGGCGCUUAUGGGCCUGGUGGCAGCCGCCGAAUUCGGUUAUAUGCGUAAUCAACACCAACAACAACAGCAGCAGCAGCAGCAGCAGCCCCAACCCCAGCAGCAGCAGCAGCAGCAGCAACAGUUGCAACAUCAUCACCAGCAGCAGCAGCAGCAGCAGCAGCAGCAACAUCCUGACUCGACCGCCACAGAUGUUGCGCGUCGAUCCUCCUCCUCGUCGUCGUACCAAGGCGAGUGCGAGGAGAAGCGCAGCGGCAGGAAUUUCCAGUGCAAACAGUGUGGCAAGUCGUUCAAGCGUUCGUCCACCCUCUCGACACAUCUGCUCAUCCAUAGCGAUACGCGGCCAUAUCCCUGCCAGUACUGCGGCAAGCGUUUCCACCAAAAGUCCGACAUGAAGAAGCACACAUACAUACACACGGGCGAGAAGCCGCACAAGUGCACCGUGUGCCUGAAGGCCUUCAGUCAGAGCUCGAACCUGAUCACACACAUGCGCAAGCACACGGGCUACAAGCCUUUCGGCUGUGGCCUCUGCGAUCAGUCCUUCCAGCGGAAGGUGGACCUGAGGCGGCACCGGGAGAGCCGCCACGAGGAGGCGCCACCCCUCGAUGACCUGAAGCCACCCGCGCUGCUCAAAAUGGAGGUCAGCAGCAGCAGCUGUUGACAGCAGCUACUCGCAGUCCACCACCUUGGAACACCCGAACACACAGCCGAGCACCCCCGUGGAUCGGAUCCCAGUAUUAGCUGAGGAGGAGGAG